AUGCCAGCAAGAAAUCGCAGAUUGGAAUAUUUCGACCCUAAUAAAUCCGACUCUAACGACGACGAUUUCUCCCCUACCGAAGUCGUUUCACGAAAGAGUCCAAAAAAGUCAAGGCCAUCGUCACGAAAGAAAGUAGCUCCGCGAAAAAAGAGUAAAUACAAGGAUUCGGAUGUGGAUGAGGACGAGGAUGAUGAAAGUGGACUAGAAGAAUCAUCCGCAGAAUCCGAAGAAGAGGAAGAAGAUAUCGAAAUGAACGAGAAGACUGGAAGAGCGGUGCGAAAAGCCGCGAAGAAAGCUGUCACUUAUGAAGAGAAUAGUGAUAGUGAUGUCGCAGACUUAUUGGAAGAAAUUGAACAGGAGGUACGUCCGACGAGGUCAAAUAAGCGAACACGCGUGCUAGACAAGGAAGACGAGGAUGAAGAUGAAAUCGCAGAACCCAUUUCGAAGCGCAAUAGGGCGACGGAAAAGAAACAAUUUAUGGUGACACUUAAGAUGCCAACUGGGACUACACCGGAUCGAAAAACAAGGGCUGGCAGCACUGCAAAAGCUCGAGCAAGCGCCGAACCUACAUCCCUGGGCCUCAGAAGAAGCACGCGCGCCCGUACUGAGGAAGGUGAAGAGUUCACUUCAUUAUCAAAUUCCGGCAAACACAUCAUUCGACCUUCGAGAUCUCCAGAACCGAUCGGUCGAUUGAGAGCCACUAGAGGAACGAAAGGCCUCAAACAACCUGCUGCUUCCACUAUCAAAGAAGAGGCACAAGAGACGAGCUCAUACGAAGAUGCCCAACAAGAUGCUGAAGGCGAAGACGAUAUUGUAAUACAGCCUGAGAUAAUUGGAACAGAUGAUGGGGAGGACGAUAACACUGAGCCAUUCAACCUCCCUGCCAGUGUGCCCGCCGAUGAAGAUAUGGUAGACGAACUCGCAGUUGACGAAGAAGCCCCGGCAAAAAAGGCAGUCGGUCAUGAUGACGAUGACGACGAACCAGUCGCGAGAACUCGCACUAGAGGCUCUAGAACAAGCAACGCGGGCCAAGAUGCACCAGGAACUGUAGAUACCACCGAGAAUUCAGCUGCUGGUUCUCGACGCCUAAGAACUGGAGGUUCGGGGAAGAAUAAAGAUGAUGGCAGUGACUUUACACCUGAGGGCGAAGGCUCCGAGGAAGAGAUGACGGCAUCUGAUGCCUCGCCGAAGAAAGGUGGGGACGAAGAUGGCGAUUAUUCGAGCUCGUCUAGACCUGGAAGAAAUGCAAGACAAGCGAAGUCAAAGAGCACGUCACGAAGACGUGCGGAUGUAUCAGACGGGGAAGAAGACUUAGAUCCGGAAGAAAUGGCAGAUGAGCUCCAAGAACUUAGACCAUCUCGACGACGACGAAAUCGCGAACCGGAAACUGUGUAUGAGCCCAAAGGUCGCCGUGAACGGAAGCAAGUCGACUACAAAAUGAUGCCAAUGGAUCAAAUAUACGCCCAAGAUGAUGAUAUAGAAGAUCAAGCACCGAAACCUUCCCGUAGGAGUCGUGGCGGUCGUAGUGGUGCAAACAAACCAUGGGAAAGCGUUUUAUAUACAACAUAUGCUCCUUUUGGUGGCGGACUUGGGCCAGCUCCGCUUAUUGGUGGUCCUUGGGGUACCGGUGCUACUGCGGGCGUUGAUUCAGAUGAUAGCGAUGACGAGAACAUGCAACUUCCAGUUGCUCCUGGCAUUGGUAUGAUACCUACCUCUGCAACCAUGGCAAAAAUGCCUGGAUUGCUCCCGCCCAUGCCGCAAGCAAAUCAACUCGACCAAGCGCCAACUGGUGUGCAACUGGGAAAAUUCAAAAGCCAGAAAGCUCUCGCAGAUGCAGACCCUCUUGGUGUCGAUCAAGAUGUUGAUUUCACCAAAGUCGGCGGACUCGAAGGGCACAUUGAACAGCUUAAAGAGAUGGUCCAAAUACCUCUAUUGUACCCCGAACUCUUCCAGAAGUUCAAUGUAACGCCUCCACGUGGUGUACUAUUCCAUGGGCCCCCUGGUACUGGUAAAACUCUUUUGGCGAGAGCUCUAGCAGCUACUACGGGUACAGGCGGUCGCAAAGUCACUUUCUACAUGCGAAAAGGUGCUGAUGCUUUGAGUAAAUGGAUCGGUGAGGCCGAGAAACAGCUUCGAUUGUUGUUUGAACAGGCGAGAAACACACAACCAAGUAUCAUCUUUUUUGAUGAAAUCGAUGGUCUUGCCCCUGUUCGAUCAAGUAAGCAAGAGCAAAUUCAUGCUUCUAUUGUUUCCACGCUAUUGGCACUCAUGGAUGGCAUGGAUGGUCGAGGACAAGUCAUUGUCAUUGGAGCAACAAACAGACCCGAUAACAUUGAUCCAGCCUUGAGGAGACCCGGUCGAUUUGAUCGAGAAUUUUAUUUUCCAUUGCCUGAUAUCGAGGGUCGAAGAUCUAUUCUCAACAUUCAUACCAAGGAUUGGGGCAUCGAUGAUGUAUUCAAGCAAACUUUGGCACACGCUACAAAGGGAUAUGGUGGUGCUGAUAUUCGUGCUCUGUGCACAGAAGCUGCUCUCAAUUCCCUGCAGCGCACAUAUCCUCAAAUCUAUUCUUGUAAUGAUAAGCUCAUUGUGGACCCCCAGAAAAUCAAGGUUACGGCUAAAGAUUUCAUGCUCUCGAUCAAGAAGAUGGUACCAUCAUCCGAACGUUCGACAUCUUCAGGGGCAAAGGCAUUGCCGAAGGCUGUCGAACCUCUCCUUCGAGAUCAACUUAAGUUGAUUGAAGAUAUCGUGGACAACCUAAUACCCAUUAAGAAGAAGACGACUGCCUUGCAAGAAGCAAUGUAUGAACAAUACGAAGAUGAGGAUCAAGGCUUUGGCCGAGAAACAAUGCAGCAUGAUUUCGAGAACUCGCGAGUGUUCCGUCCAAGAUUACUUAUUGGUGGGGAGCCUGGCAUGGGUCAAGCGUAUCUUGGCGGUGCUUUGUUAAAUCAUUUCGAGGGACUACAUGUCCAGAGUUUCGAUCUUCCAACUAUAUACAUGGAUUCUGCUAGGAUCGCGGAGACAGCUAUCGUUGAAUUAUUUGCAGAAGUUAAACGCCACAAACCAAGCGUUAUAUACCUGCCGGCAAUUGAUACUUGGUAUCAUACUCUUCCACAGAACGUGAUAACCACGUUCCUCGGCCUUCUCAAAGCUAUUCCUCCUACAGAUCCUGUUUUAGUGCUCGGCAUAACAGACGUCAAUCCGGAUAAGGUGAAUCCGCAAAUGCUGCGGGAUAUCUUUGGCUUCUCAAGACACAACCGAUUCACCAUCAAACGACCAACGCGGGAACUCCGCGAAGAAUUCUUUCAAACCAUCAUUUCGUACGUCAAAAAAGCGCCAAAUGAGUUCCCAGAUCCAGUCAAUCGUAAAAGGCGUAAGCUAGAAACCCUUGAGUUGGCUCCACCAUUACCGGAAAGAUUACCCACCAAAGAGCAAAUCAAGGCACAAAAGAAACAAGAUCGCCUGCUUUUGAAUCAACUGAAAAUGUCGAUUCAACCUAUUAUGGAUCAAAUACACAAAACGUAUAAAAAGUUUCGGCAACCUGUCCUUCAGCAAAGCCAGUAUCAAUACCUCUUGGACGAAAAAGAUCCAAACUUUGUCAGCCCAGAUAUACCUCAGUUCCGACCAUUUGAGCUAGAUGUUGACAAGAACGGAGUCCAAUGUCUUCGUGAAACAGCGACCGGAAAGAUUUGCUACAACUUAGAUACUAACACGAUUGAGGAGCGGCUAGUCAAUGGUUUCUAUGCUCGACACAAAGAUUUUUUUGCCGAUAUCAGAACUCUAGCCAAAGAUGCCAAACAUUUUGGUGACAAAGAUCGCGAGCUCAGGGCUAAGCAAUUGGUUGCUAAUGUUGAAGUUGACCUUGACCCGAUGGAAAGGGAUCCUAAGUUUGCCGAUUGCGAAAACUUAUACCUUCGACAGUUACAACGAGCUAAGGAAGCGGAAGAGAAAAGUCGAAAGAAGACUCAAGAGGACGUUGGGAUGGAUUUAGUUCGCUCAGAUGUCUUCUCGGGAGAAGCAAACUCGAGACUCGAUUCUCCUGGGACAACCAGUUUAGGUCAAGCUAUUCCUGGUCAACGUCCGAUCUCUGGUGUUCUACUCCUCCAAUCCCCCAGCGCUCUCUCCAGUGGUCACUCGAUAGCUUUAGGGUCUCAGCAACUUAUGACCAAUGGAUCUUCCGUGCCAUCCAGAGUAAGCGGUGAAGAUAUUAUAAUGAGUGGGACAACCGAUAAUGCCUCCGAUUAUUCCCAGAGUUCACCUGCUUUUCCACUUCAACAAUGGCCACCCAACACAGCCAUGGCCCCUUCGAGCAUGUCUAACCGCGCUACUGGGAUCAAUUCUCAGCGAUCUGCUUUCCAGGAAAUACCAGAUGACACAUCUUUCAGUGCAUUGAUCAACAACGCUUCUCCAACAACCUCUGGAAAGAAAACAUCAGAUGCAACGACCUCAAAGAGAUCAUCGAAUGCUUGGAGUACACAUGCUACAAAUGGGACUCGUCCAGGUGCUUUAAGUCCCAUAGUUGGGCAUAGACAAGAUACCGAUCUUCCGGAAACGCAGAAAUUCUCACAGAAUCAGAGCACACAGGGCACAAAUCUUACAAAUGUGGCCGAGGGCGAGAAAAGUAGUGGAGAAGAGUGGCUUCAUUCACAAGCACAUGCUCUUGCACGUGGUCAUCUUGGUUUUCCAUCCCAGACACCAAGCACACAUAAUUCGCAAGAAAGGCCACCGGUGCCACAAUUUAAUGCUCCUCCACGACCAUCUGCGUCCAAAACUUCUGGUGAUGUGGCGGAUAAUUCACUAGUUGAAGUUGAUUCCACGCAGUCAUCUUCACCAAAGGAAUUCAUUAUGACGGAAUAUUUUGCGGCGGACCUACUGCGUUGUCUUACAGAUGGAUCAAGCGGUUGCUCGAUUGAACAAUUGGAACAGAUAAAUCGCGAAUUAAUGGACUACAUGUGGAAGAUGAGGGGGGAGUGGAACAGGAACACGAUUUGUGUCAACUUAACCAACGUGUUCAAUGAGACCAUAUCGGAUAUGGAGGAGAUGCAGAAGGUUUUAAAGCCGAGUCAAGAACUACCGGACCCAGACUCGUAG